GGAACGUUGCGGAUAAGCGCCGCCGCCGAUGGCACCGCCGCCCGUAUUUCAUGUCAACACACGUCACAGCGCAAGACGACAGACUGCUGAAAAGGAAGCGCAGAAACAAAACACAGAAGCCCUUGCCUCUCCCUCGAAUCAAACAACGGCCGAAUGUGCUUCAGACGAACACGCUGCCGAGAACGUAAGCGAUGACAGCUCACCGAAGCUGUCCGCGCGUGGAGAUGGCGAAAACGAAGGGAAAUGCCUUCCAAUUCGAAAAGCCUCCAUGAACACCACACGAUUCGAUCGUAUCUUGGGAAAAUACUUGGUCGGUGACGCCAACCUCAUGUGCAUGGAGAUCGCUCAGCAAAUGAGCAACAAUGCCGAGUCCUCGACUGCGAUGUCGGGGGAUACGCCACCGGUGGCGAUCAACUGGAUCGAAAUAUCCGCCAGCUUGCUAAACAAACAUCAGCUCCACCUAAAGCCGAGGGAGUGUCAAGACUUGUGGAAGUAUUUAGCGUAUGAUCAAGCUCCUAGCACGGGAAUGGAUACAUCGGCGUCGACCGCACCCUCUGGGCAGGACGAGUUCGCUUCUGACUCGGACGUCGAAGAUUUCAACGCCACGGCCGAAUUCCUUGCAAACAAACGUGCGAAAGCACAAAAGGCAGAGCCACCCUCGUCAGUUGUUACAACCAACAACGCACUCUCAGAAUCAAGUGCAUCCGCUCGGGCUACCUCAUCUGGGUUGUCUUCCACAGCUCCAAGCUUGUUUCCGUCCUUUGACCCGCCAGGCUUUCUCAAGUCCGACGCAGCUAGUGACUUAUCCAACUACGCUCCGCUGCACACUGUCGCGGAGCAUUUCUUGAAGCGCCGAAGAGUUGACACUGGCAUGCCAUCUCCGUUGCCAAAUCAGGCUUCCGUCCGUGCGCAGCUCGCGUCGUCACUCGCAACACCUCCUUCGAAACCAAACUCAUCACCGCCACCACGGCCGCCAAUAGGGCACUCCAGCGUCUACAUGCCUCGCCAACCGCCGCCACAGCCAACGCCAUCCCUGACUGACUUCGACAUUUUUAAGCGAAUGUAUUCCGACAGAUCGGGCCUCGACGACCUCCGACUUCGCGCGAUCUACGAGCAGUCGCCGAUGGAAGUUCGCACAAGAUGUCUCAUCUUGGCAGCGCAGGAUCUCGAACGAUACCAAAAGGAGUGCCUCCGUCAAAAGCUAUAUGAGAAGUCCGUGCGGAGGGCAAACACCCCACCAGCUACUCCUCCACGACCCGUUGCCAGCUCACAGGCCACCCCAAACUCUCCACCAUCGACCUCCACGUCACAGCCUGCUCCAACGACACAACUCAUCCCUAGCACUCCAUCAACAGCCCUUCCUCUGCCUGUUUUCAGUGCACAGGCUGCCCCAAACACUCCGCUAGCUACCCUUCCUCAGCCUGCAGUCAGUGCACAGCUCACGGUGCAGUCAGAUAUCCUGUAACAAUUACGACGUGAGCUACAAGGUGCUCUGGACCAUUGCACUAUUGUGCCGCGCCAACCAUCGUCGACAUGGCCACCGGCUGCCC